CAUUAUUAUGAUAAAACACGUAAUGAAUAUUUUUUUGAUCGUAAUCGAUCAUGUUUUGAAGCAAUACUUUAUUAUUAUCAAUCACAAGGUCGACUAAGACGACCAAAUUAUGUUCCAAUUGAUAUAUUUCUUGAAGAAGUUAAUUUUUUUCAAUUAGGUCAGGAAGCUCUUAAUCAACUACGAAAAGAUGAAAAUAUUAAAGAAGUUAGAAAAGUACGCUUACCAAAAAGUCGUUUUCGAAGACAUUUAUGGGCAACUAUGGAAUAUCCUGAUUAUUCAAUUAUAGCUAGAAUUGUUAAUAUUUUAUCAUUACUUAUGAUUCUUAUUUCAACUAUUGAUCUUGCUAUUGAAUCAUUACCACAAUAUAAACAUCUCGGUCAAUCUGUUUGUUAUAAUUCAUCUGUUAAUAAUUCAAAUAAUACCAAUGAAACAACACAAGUUUUGAACAAUAGUGAAAUUAUCUGUAGUAAUUAUCUUGCAUCACCUUUUUUUAUUAUUCAAACUGUAUGCGUUGGAUUUUUUACAGUUGAACUUAUUCUUCGCAUAAUAAGUGCACCAUCAUUUGUUGAUUUUGUCAAAGUUAUAAUGAAUUGGAUUGAUAUUGCAGCUAUUGUACCAUAUUAUAUUACACUUGGUAUUUAUUUAGCUGAUCAACAUCGUCCAAUCAAUACAGUAACAGCUGAUAGUCUUCGUUUUUUACGUAUUCUUCGUUUUGCACGUGUUCUUAAAUUUUAUCGUCCAGUUCGAAGUGUCAAAUCUGUACGUGCACUUGUAGCAACAAUUCGAGAAUCACUACCAGAUUUUUUUGUCAUGAUUAAUAUUUUAACAUUAUUAAGUUUUCUUUUGGGUGCUGUUGCUUAUUUUGCUGAAAAUGAUACAAAUGGUCAAGCAUUUGAUUCUAUACUUAAAGCAACUUAUUGGGGAAUUAUUACAAUUACAGGUGUUGGAUAUGGUGAUAUAACACCUAUCACACCAGCUGGACGAGUAAUAGCAUGUUUAUGUGGAUUAUGUGGUGCUACAACAAUUGGUAUGCUUGUAUCAAUUCUUGUUGAUCGAUAUCAACGUGUUUAUGCUCGAAAAUUAUAUAUAAAUGAAGAUAUAAUUGAUUUUCAUGAUUUAUCUGAUGAUGAAAAUAAUGACACAGAUUCUAAACGUGGUUCAGGUCAACUUCAUCGACGUU